AACUUUCAACAAGUGCCAAAUGCAAUGAGUGCAUUGUGGUAUUGUGGAGAUGAGAGGUGGUAAUGGUGAUAAUUUCAAUAUCAUUGUAUGAAGAUUACUGAAUGUUUAUAUAAUAACAAUUCCUAGUAUACCAUUUCCAUUUUACGAUUAAUGUGAAAAAUGUGAUAUACCUUUUAAGAUUAGUGUUUUAGUUCCUGUGUUUCGUGUAUAUUCGAUAAAUUAUUAAUUACGGGGUCACUUCAAAUGAUCCUAACCAAACGUUUUCAAUUCCAAUAGUUUUCAAAGAAUCUGCUAUCAUGUUUUGGAAGUACAAUAAUCUUGCACAAAUUGAAGCUUUAGUAAAUAAAGAGAAUGUUACUCUGCUGGAAGUCUUGGAGUUUGAGGAUAUAUUGAGCGAAUGUAAAACUCAGAACAAAAUUUUGUUAGACUACCUACAGAAGACCGAGGUGAUGGAUGGACUACUGACACUCAUCACGACAGAACCGUCAAAUGAAAUAGAAGAGAGAACUAGAUAUAGGAUUCCAAACUUGGCUUGUGAAAUUUUAACCUGUGAUGUUUCAUCUAUGAAUGAAAAAUUGGCGAAAGAGGAAGUACUCCUGAAUAAGCUUUAUUCAUUUUUGGAACGUGAUGCACCGUUGAAUCCUCUUUUAGCUUGUUAUUUUUGUAAACUCAUGAGUGCCCUUGUUGUGAAGAAAAAUGGACAGAACUGGCUAUCCUAUCAGAUGACUUGCUUACAGGUCCUAGACUUUUUAAAAUCUAAGGACACCUUCAUUCCUUACCUGCUCAAACACAUAGGGGCAGCUUCUAUUAUGGAUCUCGUUCUCAAGUUGAUGACGCAAGUGGAGACAGUGGACACAGAGGAAACUUUUGCAUCUUGGCUCAAUAGUCAAGGAUUCAUACAGUCAUUGGUAUCACUCUUCAAGUCAGAAGUCGAAAAAGAAAGACACUUCAAUGUUGCCAUGUUGUUGUGUGAUUUCAUCAGAAUAGCUCGUGAUGAUACGAGAAAUGCAACAGAAAAAGUUGAGCCCGACAUACUCCUGCUCACUUUGGAAUCUCCCCAAACAAUUUCUAUACUGUUGGAUUCUAUGCUAUCUGGCGAUGAAAGGAGCGAAUCCGCAGUGGCGGGCGGCAUUCAAGUACUUCAAGCUAUACUAGACGUUUAUCAAACUAGUUACAAGUUUUCCCCACAAAAUAUGUAUAAUUCGAAUAUGGAUGACGAAGCUGAAAUUGAACAAAAACAGAAAAUCAUUUUCAACACCACUCAAGCUAUCAAGCAUCGGAUAAAGGAUCUUCAUAAUAUCCUGGUACAUCCUCCAAAGCUUUCCCCUAUACAGACCACUGCAGGAACAUUAAAUCCGCCAUUAGGUUAUGCUCGGAUCCAAAUUAUCAAGUUGUUUGCUACUCUGAUCCCGUCUGAUAAAGAAGAAAUAUUGAACGAGCUUGAGUUGGCUGGGACCUUUCCUGUACUAUUGGAGCUAUUUUUCAAAUAUCAGUGGAAUAAUAUUUUACAUUCACAAGUAGAAGCAUGUUUUGUGUCCGCACUGAAGACACUUGCAUCCGAUGACAGUGACGACAGUUCAAAUGCCUUAAUUAAACAUUUAUUUGUGGAUUGUAAGUUGAUAGAGACAAUUUUGAGCGCUUGGAAAGAAAAUGACGAGCAUCAGAAACAAGAGAAUGGUGGCCGAAAGGGUUAUAUGGGUCAUUUGAUAAAUAUAAUUAAUGAAAUAGUAGAUGUGUGUUCAAAUACUUCUCUAGGACAGUAUCUCACGAAAAAUCUUCCUGAAGUUGCCAAAUCAUUAGAAGAAUUCAAAGAAUCCACUUUGAAAGAAGUGAAUAGAAUACAGGACACUAUGUUGGGAGAUGCUCCUCCGCAAGUUUCAACUACAACAUUCAACAAUUUUGAAGAUAUACCGUUCCCUCAAUCAAGCGCCGUGCAGCAACAGGUCUUUUCACAAUAUCAAAUGCAGAAUCUCUCACCGCAGUAUAUUGAUGGUUACAGUGGGUUUAAUGAUGAUGAGUUUACCGAUGGUGAAGAUACUCUACAGAAUAUCGAUCAUCGGACUCAAAUGAAUUUUGAUGUCUCCGAGAGUGAUUUGAUUCAGCAGCAAGAGAUAUUCAAGCAAGUUUGUGCCCAGAAUAUCAAUACUUUGGAUGACGCUGAUGAUCAAAUCUUCGAAGAAAGGGAACAUACUUUUCAAACUGUCAUCGAGAAGCACGACAGAAACGAAACUGCUUACAGCAGUGACAGUGAUGAUGAGCCCGGAGAAGAUACAAUGGAUGCUGAUCCUUGGGAAUCCCCCAAAACCAGCUCUAUCGCGCCGGUAAUUGGAUCGGAUCCUUGGAAUCCUGAAUUUACCAGCUCGGAUACAACAAUAGGGGAAUGGGCUGAUUUCAGUUCCGUGCUUUUCGUAAAUGAUUGUGUUGGCGUUAAUGAUGAUGCGAACAAAAAAGAUGUAAGUAAGGAGCCUGCGGAAGAAAAAGACUUAAAAUUGGAAAAUGUCGAGGAUGAAGCGAAUAUGCCCAAAAACACAUUAACCGAUAGUAUUAACAGUAUUGCUCAAACGGAUGGAGUGAAACCCAAUGUGGCUGGGGAUCGGGGGGAUGAACCGUUGCCGUCUGAUCAGAGAGCGGCAGGAACAGUUGCUGAACCGUCCAAAAGUAUACAAGAAGGUGACUGUAAUACGCUAUCAGGGUCUGCGGAACAGGAAAAAGUGAAAAAAGAAAAAGUUUGAGCAAUCCCCCUACAUAUCAAAUGGGAACGUUAUAUCGAGUCUACGCCGUAAAGACAUCGUGAAGUAUUCUGUACUAACUUUCUUUAAUUACACUUUCAUAUCUAGAACAAUAAUGACUGCCUCACAACAAUGGUGACAGGAUUGGGAUUUUUGAAGGCUGACUUUAUUUAUUUAUCAAUAUAUGAGCCGGUUCUUGAUACUGUAGUAUAUUUAUUUGCCGUUACGUGGAAGAAGCACCCCUAAAAAGUAAAACUUUUUUUUUAUACUAACCCAAUUGUUGGUUUGCUGAAACUUCACUGUUGUUUUCUGGCAAUGAUAGCAAUAUUUGAAAAGAUUGUGUGUCUGUAAAUCUGUCUCAAAAUUUUACUUUCCAUGUAAUUAUUUCUAAAUAAUUUGAAAUUGUUAUUCUUGGGGGUUCUGGUCAUAUUAUACUGGUUAUAAAAUAUUUAUAGUUGAAUUAAAUUGCUUCAAGCUCGA